AUGGAGUUUAAGAUCCAGCAAGGCGAAAUCCGCACUUGGCACCGCAUCCGGGAGCUGACCUUACCCCAGGAGACAGUGGAGCUGAGCUGUGGAGCGGGACCCCUGCAAGUGAUCCUGAGCCCAGGCCAGGCUGUGGUGCUGGACUGCAGUCUGGGUGCUGCUGCCCCUGGACCCCCCACCAGCGUGACCUGGAGCAAGGAUGGGGCCUCCCUACUGGAGCACCAACUCCUGCGCCUGCUGCCCAACGGCUCUCUGUGGCUCUCCCAGUUACCAACCCCGGAUGGCAGCAAUGAGGCAGUCUCAAGGCCCUCAGGAGUCAUCGAGGGCAGCUAUUCCUGCCUGGCACACGGCCCCCUGGGAGUGGUGGCUAGCCAGGCUGUUGUGGUCAAGCUCACCACACUCUCAGGCUUCUCUCUGCACCCGGAGUCUCAGUUGGUGGAGGAGAAUGGUACAGCUCGAUUUGAAUGCCACAUUGAAGGGCAGCCAGCACCAGUCAUUACGUGGGAGAAAGACCAGGUGACAGUGCCCGAGGAGCCUCGGCUCAUCACCCUUCCCAAUGGCGUCCUGCAGAUCCUGGACGUUCAGGAGAGUGACACGGGCUCCUACCGCUGCCUGGCCACAAACUCGGCUGGCCAGCGCCUCAGCCAGGAGGCUGUUCUCAGCGUGGUACCCAGAGGGUUCCUGACAUCCAACAGGGAGCAGGAUGUGGUCAUCGUGGCGGCCCCGGAGAACACCACGGUGGUCUCUGGUCACAGCGUGGUGAUGGAGUGUGUGGCCUCGGCUGAUCCCACCCCUUUUGUGUCCUGGGUCCGACAGGAUGGGAAGCCCAUCUCCACAGACGUUAUUGUCCUGGGCCGCACCAACCUUCUAAUCGCCAGCGCACAGCCCCAGCACUCCGGCGUCUAUGUCUGCCGCGCCAACAAGCCGCGCACCCGGGAUUUUGCCACCGCGGCCGCCGAGCUCCGCGUGCUGGCGGCACCGUCCAUCUCCCAGGCCCCCGAAGCACUGUCGCGGACGCGGGCGAGCACAGCGCGCUUCGUGUGCCGCGCUUCGGGGGAGCCGAGGCCCACCCUGCGCUGGCUGCACAACGGGGCGCCCCUGCGACCCAACGGGCGCGUCAAGGUGCAGGGAGGUGGUGGCAGCCUGGUUAUCACGCAGAUCGGCCUGCAGGAUGCCGGCUACUACCAGUGCGUGGCUGAGAACAGCGCGGGCACGGCGUGCGCCGCUGCGCCCCUGGCGGUGGUGGUACGCGAGGGGCUGCCCAGCGCGCCCACGCGGGUCACAGCCACCCCGCUGAGCAGCUCUGCAGUGCUGGUGGCCUGGGAGCGCCCCGAGCUGCACAGUGAGCAGAUCAUCGGCUUCUCCCUCCACUACCAGAAGGCACGGGGCAUAGACAAUGUGGAGUACCAGUUUGCAGUGAACAAUGACACCACAGAGCUACAAGUUCGAGACUUGGAGCCCAACACUGAUUAUGAGUUCUACGUGGUGGCCUACUCCCAGCUGGGGGCCAGCCGCACCUCAGCCCCGGCACUGGUCCACACGCUGGAUGACGUCCCCAGUGCGGCACCCCAGCUCUCCCUGUCCAGCCCCAACCUGUCGGACAUCAGGGUGGCAUGGCUGCCCUUGCCUCCCAGUUUGAGCAACGGGCAUGUGGUGAAGUACAAGAUAGAAUACGGUCUGGGGAAGGAAGAUCAGAUUUUCUCCAUUGAGGUGCCAGGGAAUGAGACUCAGCUUACACUGAACUCGCUUCAGCCCAACAAGGUGUAUCGAGUACGGAUCUCAGCUGGCACCGGCGCAGGCUAUGGGGCUCCUUCCCAGUGGACGCAGCACAGGAUGCCCAGUAUGCACAACCAGAGCCACGUCCCCUUUGCCCCUGCAGAGCUGAAAGUACGGGCAAGGAUGGAGUCCUUGAUUGUGUCCUGGCAGCCGCCCCCUCACCCUGCCCAGAUCUCUGGCUACAAACUCUACUGGCGGGAGGUGGGGCCUGAGGAGGAGGCCAAUGGUGAGAGCCCCCCAGGGGGCCGUGGAGACCAGGCUUGGGAUGUGGGGCCUGUCAGGCUCAAGAAGAAAGUGAAGCAGUACGAGCUGACCCAGCUAGUUCCCGGCCGACUGUAUGAGGUGAAACUCGUGGCAUUCAACAAACACGAAGACGGCUACGCAGCCGUAUGGAAGGGCAAGACUGAGAAGGCUCCCACCCCAGACAUGCCCAUCCAGAGAGGGCCACCCUUGCCACCUGCCCAUGUCCAUGCGGAAUCAAACAGCUCCACAUCCAUUUGGCUUCGGUGGAAAAAGCCAGACUUCACCACUGUCAAGAUUGUCAACUAUACAGUGCGCUUCAGCCCUUGGGGACUCAGGAAUGCCUCCCUGGUCACCUAUUAUACCAGCUCUGGUGAAGACAUUCUCAUUGGCGGACUGAAGCCAUUCACCAAAUAUGAGUUUGCAGUACAGUCCCAUGGUGUGGACAUGGAUGGGCCUUUUGGCUCUGUGGUGGAGCGCUCCACCCUGCCUGACCGGCCCUCAACACCCCCAUCAGACCUGCGCCUGAGCCCCCUGACACCGUCCACUGUGCGGCUGCACUGGUGCCCCCCCACAGAGCCCAACGGUGAGAUCGUGGAGUACCUGAUCCUGUACAGCAACAACCACACCCAGCCUGAGCACCAGUGGACCCUGAUCACCACGGAAGGAAACAUCUUCAGUGCUGAGGUGCACGGCCUGGAAAGCGACACUAGGUACUUCUUCAAGAUGGGAGCGCGCACAGAGGUGGGGCCCGGGCCCUUCUCUGGUCUGCAGGAUGUCAUCACUCUGCAGGAGAAGAUCUCAGAUUCCUUGGAUGUGCACUCAGUCACGGGCAUCAUCGUGGGCGUCUGCCUGGGCCUCCUCUGCCUUCUGGCCUGCAUGUGUGCCGGUCUGCGCCGAAGCCCCCACAGGGAAGCCCUCCCGGGCCUGUCCUCCACGGCCACUGCUGGAAACUCAGCACUGUAUUCCCGAGCCCGCCUUGGCCCCCCCAGCCCCCCAGCUGCCCAUGAACUGGAGUCCCUUGUGCACCCCCGUCCUCAGGACUGGUCCCCCCCGCCCUCAGACAUUGAGGACAGGGCUGAAGUGCACAGUCUUAUGGGUGGCAGCGUUUCGGACUGCAGGGGUCACUCCAAGAGAAAGAUCUCAUGGGGUCAGCCGGGUGGACCUGCCUGGGCAGGCUCUUGGGCAGGCUGUGAGCUUCCCCAGGUGGGCCCUAUGCCCUCUCUGACCCGGGCCCUGCUGCCCCCGGCUGGAACUGGGCAGACGCUGUUGCUGCAGGCUCUGGUGUAUGACGCCAUAAAGGGCAAUGGGAAGAAGAAGCCACCUCCAGCCUGCCGGAACCAGGUGGAAGCUGAAGUCAUUGUUCACUCCGACUUCAGUGCAUCCAAAGGAAAACCUGAUCUCCAUCUCCAAGACUUGGAAUCUUUGCCUUCAGAUGCUUCAAACCUCAACCCAGGUGUUGUGGAUCUACAGCAAGAGGCAGACUGGCUAGACCAAGAGCUGGGAGGAUGCGAACAGGCAACAGACAGACUUUCCUGCCUGCCAGAGGCAGCCACUGCUUCCUGCCUCUACCCAGACCUCCCACCCACCGAGACUCUGGAGGAGGCCCCUGGGGACAGCAGCCAGACAAAGGUCUCCUGCCCUCUUGCAGCCAGCCCAGCCUUGCCCCAAGUCCCAGUCUCCUCCUCUGCUUAGCUUCCCUUGAAGGUUCAGUUUGGAGCAGGUCAGGACUAUGCGUUCAGCCCGGUGGCCCCACCUCCAUGCCCAGACUUUUAUUACACACUCUGA